UCACAACACUCAAUACUACAAAAGCAGAGGUCACAAUACUAUAAAAUAAAAAACAAACUAUACAAGGAAAUUUACGCUAAGCAAGUGUCAAUAAUUUCGGGUAUCACAAAACACGUAGUUAAAUUACAACAAAUUUUUAAGUUUGCUAAUAACUGCAUCUGCAUAUCUUUCUACCAAAUUUACAACUAGAGCUUGGAGAAGCAACAGCAAUGGCACGCGGACAUCAAAAAAUACAAUCGCAAGCAAAGGCCGCUGAGAAACAAGCUAAGAUGAAGAAGCAGCAGGGCCACAGUGCCAACGACCAAAAAAAAGCGGCCCAAAAAGCACUCGUACAUGUUUGUGUCCUCUGCAAAUCGCAAAUGCCAGAUCCUAAGACUUACAAGCAACAUUUUGAGAACAAACAUCCCAAAAAUGAUAUGCCCGAGGAGCUGAAAGACCUGUAACGCCCAUUCGAAUGAUUUUGUAUAACAAGUUCAAAAGUUAUAAAGUAAACGACGAGUUGCCUACCUAGUACGAAUAAUUGCAACAAUAAGAUUUGAAACAAUCAAUAAUUAAAAAUAAAAUGCAAGCUUAUCUUUAAAA